GACUCAGUAUUGUCUUUACACUGUGUUAGCCUUGUAGUUUGGUAUUAAAAUUCUCUGUAUAAAUUUUCGGCAUAUAAAUUAAAUUUAAAAUGUUAAAAAGAGCCUCAUUGGCUUUGAGCCAAUACCCGGGGGCCUGCUUUCGUUCCUGCAACUGUUACAGGUGCAUCCGGGCUUACCGACUAGUCAAGCUCAAGGAGAACCCGGAGACUGUUCAGAAAUCGGACCAGGAAUCACAGAAAACUCUGCUUAAGUUGCGUAACGAGUGGAUUUCAUGUAUGGGUACCGAUACCGCCCCACUUAUCGAUCAGUCGUAUCGGUGCCCGUCCCUGGGCGAUCUCGAGUUGCAGCUGAAGCGGAGAAUCCUGGAGAGAGAAUGCCCCGACCUUGAGUCAUCUAAAAACCGGGAAUUUCUUCGUGAAGUCGCCAAGCACGUCGACGGAUGCCAAGAUGGGUGCGACAGCAUGGGCGAAAGCAAUGGCGAGAACAACGGCGAUUGCGAGAAGAAAAAGGGCAAGAAGAGUGGCAAGGACGGUGGGAAAAAGGGAGACGGGGAGGAUGGUGACAAUGGCGAUGGGAGCGGCGAAUGCGAGAAGCAGGGUAAGAAAAAGGACAAGUGUGGCAAGGACGAAGAAAAUGGUGAAGGGGAGGAAGAAAAGAAUGGCAAGAGUUGCAAGGACAAAGAAAAGAAAGAAGAUGAAGAGGAUGAUGACGAUGUUGACAUCGAGCAGAUAGAGGCAGAGUGCGCGAAGGUGGCCAAGAUGAUAGAGACCCAAGAAUUACGCAAAAGUUGCCAAAAAAGGGCUGAAAAGGCAAUAUGUGCGAGACUUGCACAAAAAGCCAAAUGUAAGAAGAUUGCAGAGACGGAAGCGGCCCAGAGAAAGGCUGAGGAGGAAAAGUUCUUGAAAAGCCUCAAGGAGUCACGAGGAGAAAUCAAAAAGAAAAGAAGGGCAAGGAGGGCGAGGAGGACGAAGAGGACGAAGAGGGCGAAGAGGAUGAGGAUGCCGAGAAGAGUGAAAAAGGCGAGAAAGGAGUGAAAGGCAAAGACGGCAAGAAGGGCAAAGGCAGUGAAAAGGGCGAGAAAGGCAAAGACGGCGAGAAGAGCGAGAAAG